AACUAUUUAAUUUCAAAACGUCGCGCUCUUUGUCAAUAUUGUGUUAUUGUUAUAUUAUUAUUUAUUACUUAAUCAGGAUUCAGAUUUAAAAUAUUCUUUAAUUAUAUUUAUAUACCCGAUUCCUUACUAUUGGUUGCUGGAGAAAAUUUAAAAACUUGUUUAUAACAAUACAAUGAUAUGGGAAUCAAGGGAUUAUGGAGCGUUUUAUCUCCUUUCUGCGAGAAAAAAUCCCUUCACGAGAUAAGAGGAGAAACUGUUGCCGUUGAUCUUUCCGGUUGGGUCUGUGACAGCCAAAACGUAACUGAUUAUUAUAUUCAACCGAAAUUAUACUUAAGGAACCUUUUCUUCAGGACAGUAUAUCUAUUACUGGCUGAUAUCACUCCAGUGUUUGUUCUUGAAGGUGAUGCUCCAGAACUGAAACAGGAUGUCAUGGCUUCUAGGAAUGCUAUUCAGUUUCGAGGGGCAGCUCCUAAAUCUGACACAGCCAAAAGCAAGGCGCCGAGUGUAACUAGGGCAAGAUUUAAAGGUGUCUUGAAAGAAUGUGAAAACCUCUUACGGAGUAUGGGUGUAAGGUGUGUUAAAGGAUCUGGCGAGGCAGAGGCCACAUGUGCCAGGCUCAAUGCUAAGGGGCUCGUGGAUGCAGUAAUAUCUCAGGACUCUGAUUGUUUCGCGUACGGCGCCCGGCGCGUAUAUCGUAACUUUAGCGUGUCGAGUUCAGCUGGUGGAGGAGCGAUGCAGGGCUCCGUAGACCUCUACGACGCUGAGAAGAUGUUCCAAACUAAUGGCUUUGGACGUAAAAAGAUGAUUGCGCUGGCACUUCUUUGUGGCUGCGACUAUGGAGUCGGUGCGUGUGGUACUUCAAUAAAUACAGUUUUGUCAUUUUUACACACGAUUCCAGAUAGUAUUAUCAUAUCAAGGUUGUUGUCCUGGGUGACAGACACCAAGGAGUACACGGAGCAGGAACGUUGGGUGUCGCAACCGGGAAGGUGCGAUCGGUGUGGGCACGUUGGACGCACUCAUCUCAAGAACGGCUGUCCCGUGUGUGCUUCGCAUCGUGGUUGCAAUGACUUAGGGCACAAGGCUAGAGUUGCCGAAACAAAACGGGAGCUGUCUCUCCGCAAGCGGGCGCUAUCGUGCGGAAUGCCGUUCCCCGAACCGAAAGUUAUGAAGGAAUUCCUCGAUGCAACUGAAGACGACGUGGACCUAGACGCGGCCAUUCCGCAGCCCAGUUUAAUUCAAUUUGUGAAAAUAAUGUCUGGAAAAUUGGAUUGGACGGAACGCUAUUGCGUAGAGAAAUUCUUACCAGUAUUGACAAAAUGGCACCUGCAAGAUGACGUACCUCGUAGAACUAUUCGGCCCGAGAAGAUUAUAAAAAAGAGAAAUCCUAGAGGGGUUCCUAGCUAUGAGGUGGUUUGGACUGAUAUUAGCAGUCAAUAUGGGGCACUAGUUCCAGAUGAGCAAUUAAACGAUGGAGAAGAUAUGUCGGCUGUUUGGACAACAACUGAAAGGCAAGACUUGAUAAAGAAAUAUUUUCCAGAUAUUGUGGAAGUUUUUGAAGUCUCUACUAGAAAACCUCCAAAAGAAAAGAAAGCACGAGGCCGAAAAAAACGAGAAGAAAAUAUAACUGCUGACAAAAAUACAGAAGGAAAUAAGCCGAAAAGAAAAUACACAAGAAAGCCUAAAACACAAAUCGAUUUAUUGGUUGAUGAUUUGAAUAAGUCCAUGAAAGAUUUAAGCAUAACGAAAUCUGAAUUGAACAAUAGUAAAGGAAAUGUCAGUGUCUCUAUCAAUAGAUUGAAGAGGAAGAUAAAAGAUUCCAAAAAAGGGACAAUAGUGAAUUACUUGACGAAGAAGCGUCGACAGACAAUAUCAAAAUCAAUUAACCGUAGUGUGAAAAAAGUCGGGUCCGAUGAACUUUCCUCAAAUGAUAAAGAGAAUAAUAAAAAUCUACUAAGUAUGCUUGAUAUGAGUGUUCCUGAAUCAGAAAGUGACUUAUCUGAUUUAGUUGAUAAUAUAGUAAAUACAGCGCCAGCAUUCACAACAGCAAAACUGAAUAGCAAUCUCAUCAAGCUUGUCUUUGAAAAUAAAAUGCAAAGGAAGAAAAAGAGCAUUUUGCACGAAAGAUUUAAAAACUGUUCCACUCCGAAGAGUAGUCCUCGUAAAAGUAUUUUGAAUGUUUCAAAACAAAACAGUGUAAAUACGAGUUACUUUUUUGACAAACUGGGUGAUGGUUGUGACGCUUUUGAGAUGUCCUUAGACUAUUCGUGUAAAAGUGCCAUAUUAGAUGAUACAGUUAAUUAUAGUUUACCUGAUGUUGUUUUGUGAUUGUGAAUGAAAUUGUAAUAUUUGUGAUAUAUAAAUGAUUGAAUAAAUAUUCUAGAAAAA